AUGGAAAUACAAACAAGCGGCAAGCCCAUUGACUCGUUUUUGGAGAGGGUCCUGUGUAUGAACAUUCUCUCUUCCGAUUACUUCAAAGAGCUUUACAGGUUAAAGACGUACCAUGAAGUGAUCGAUGAAAUUUACAAUCAAGUUGACCAUGUGGAACCAUGGAUGACGGGGAACUGUCGUGGGCCGUCAACUGCCUUUUGUCUCCUCUACAAGUGUUUUACCAUGAAACUCACGGUCAAGCAGAUGCACGGCCUAUUAAAGCACAAAGAUUCACCUUAUAUCAGAGCGAUUGGAUUCCUGUACUUGAGAUAUGCUGCAGAUCCUAAGACAAUGUGGAACUGGUAUGAACCAUAUAUUGAAGAUGAUGAGGAAUUUUCUCCAGGAUCAAGUGGCCGGAAAACUACCAUGGGUGUUUAUGUUCGCGAUCUGAUCCUCGGACAGUACUACUUCGAUACUCUAUUCCCCCGAGUUCCUGUGCCUGUAAUGCGUCAGGUUGUGUCCAAUCUUGAAAAGAUGAAACUUCCUGCCAAAUCAUCAGGCUCAACAGGGGAUAAUAGCCGCCAUGGCUCAGAGGAAACUGCUCGUCGGCCGCCUUCCGUGAAGGCUGCACUUUCAGUGUCCUUUGGUCAGCGUGCCCCACACCGGGCGUCAACUAGGGACUCAUCACCUGUUCGCCGAACACUACCACACCCUCCUGCUCAUGAGAGAAGAACCAAUGAUAAGCGGAGAUCUCCCAGCAGCCAUCGCAGCCAGAGUCGUGACAGAGACCUUUCUAAUAGGGAUCGGGACAGGGAAAGGGAGAGAGAGAAAGAUAGGGGCAGAGAGAGGGAGAGAGAGAGGGAUAAGGACAGGCGGUAUGAUUAUGACCGGAGGUCAAAUUAUGGUGACCGAGAAAGUAGAAGGGAUCAUGGAAAGAGUGGCAGAGAUGAUAGCAGAUAUCACAGGGAUCAUAGUAGUGGUCACAAAAGUCGGAGUAGGAGUCGUAGUCGCAGCAGGAGCAGGAGCAGAAGCCGAAGCAUGCAGGUAGGAGUCCCCACACCGUUCGAUCGGGAUGGAAACAAGGAGAAGUCAUCUUCUACCUCCAGCCAUCUUGCGAAACUAAAGGAUUUGUAUGGCGAUUUAAGUGACGAGAAAAGAGGUGACACAGAAAUGGAAAAGGGUCCUAUCAGAAAUAAUGGUGGCAGCGAAGAGGUGAUUAGACUGGGUGGUUCUAGUUGGAAGUGGAAAUAG